UUGAUUCUUUUUAAUAUCAUCAAAUGUCCAUUAAGCAGAAAAAAUAUUAUAUCUGACAAUUCAUUUUCAAAAAGACGUUGAUGAGAUUCAAGAAAAUUCAAGUGAUUCUUCUCAAAUUCUCCCCAAAUAGCUAAGCAAUUAGGGUUUCUGAGUUCGAAGAGACUGACCGGAGGGAGAACAAUGGAAGGCAGCAAAAGCGAGGCUGUGUUCGAUUCCAUGAAUCUGAAUCCUCAGCUUUUCAUCAACGAAACAAUCAACACUGUCAACGACGUCGUCGACGAAGCUUUUGAUCUCUAUUUCCAUGAAGCAUCCAAAGCUCUCAAAAUCGAAGGAGGAUCUGAUGAUAGGUCAGACGAGUUAUCAAACGGUAUGGAUUGUGUUCGUGAUAUGAUUCAAUCUGUUCUGGAUGACCGCUUGGAUAUGUGGGAAGUCUUUUGUAUUAGACACAUUUUCGCAGUUCCUGAAGAAUAUAUGCUACCAGAGAGUGAUGAGUCGUCUGUUGACAAUAUCCAAGAUGGGUCAUAUGAUUUGGAGUUGGAUGCACAGUUGGAUUCUCUUAGGCAUAAGCUUACUCUAGUAGGAGAGAGGUCUGCUGAGCUUAACUUGGAGCUCCAGGCUCUAGAAAGAACCUCGGCUUCGAAUGAACAGUCUACGAGACUAGUUAAUGAGGCUUUGCGGGUUUAUGACGAAUCGUCUGUGGAUGAUAUGUUCAAAGAGAUGGCAGAAGUGGCAUCAGAACUUCGUGCAGGGAUCGAUAGGCUAAAAACAAGAAGAAUGAACGCCGUUGAUAGCGAUAAAGUGGAGAGGCUAAAGAACGAUGGCAAAGAGUUUCCAGCGGCGACCUCCGAUGGAAAGCUUGAAGACCUUGAAAAGUUUCUGGCCGAAAUAAGAAAGAUGUGAAAAUGGUUUAACAUUUUGUUUCUGAACUCUGCCGUUUUGUAAAUGACUAUCUUGACAUCUUCUAUAAAGACAACGUCGUUUCAGGC